CCCCGCGCGGCUCGGAUCCGGCGGCGUUGCUUCGGCCGGGAGUGGGUGGGGGAGAAGCCGGGGCAGGGGAGGAGCCACCGGAGCUGUCGGAGCCCUGUACCCCCUUUUGCACUCUUUCUAUAUACUGUAUUGCAGUAGACAGUCAUUUCAAGGCACAGCAAGGUUUAUUACGAUGUGAGGGACUCUUGUGCAUUACACACUAUACAGAUGAGGUCCCUUCAGAGAAACUCCUUGAGGUGCCUGGCUGAGACUGGGGUGUAAUGACAGUGUGAGCUCUGUGGUGUGAGACCACCCCCUAGCUGGAAAAUGGCGACAGCCUUGGAACCAGGGGACCAGGAUCUUUGGGAAGAAGAGGGGAUUCUAAUGGUGAAGUUGGAAGAUGAUUUCACAUGUAGGCCAGAACCUGUCUCCCAGAGGGAUGAUACCGUGCUUGAGACUUCUCACCAGAACUUCCGAUGCUUUCGCUACCAGGAAGCCGCAAGCCCGCGAGAAGCUCUCAUUCGACUUCGAGAACUUUGUCGUCAGUGGCUGAGGCCAGAGAGGCGGACGAAGGAGCAGAUCUUAGAGCUGCUUGUGCUGGAACAGUUCCUUACCGUCCUGCCUGGAGAGCUGCAGAGCUGGGUGCGGGGCCAGCGGCCAGAAAGUGGCGAGGAGGCAGUGACACUGGUGGAGGGUUUGCAGAAACAACCCAGGAGACCAAGGCGGUGGGUGACUGUCCAUGUUCAUGGCCAGGAAGUCCUGUCAGAGGAGACAGUGCAUCCAGGAGCAGAACCUGAGUCACCUAGUGAGCUGCAGGAUCCUACGCAGACCUUGACCCCUGAGGAGUCCCAUGAGGAGACCACACAGAGCCCAGAUCUGGGGGCACCAGAGGAACAGAGCCUGUGCCAUGAAUUGGAGGUCCAGCCCCUGCAGGAGAGCGAGGUUCUGGAGCCCCAGGACCCAGACCUUCCUGAAGAGAGGAACACUGGAAACCCAGAGAUGGUUGCCCUUCUUACUGCUCUGUCACAGGGAUUGGUAACUUUCAAGGAUGUGGCUGUAUGCUUCUCCCAAGACCAGUGGAGUGAUCUGGAUCCAGCGCAGAAAGAGUUCUAUGGAGAAUAUGUCUUGGAAGAAGACUGUGGAAUUGUGGUCUCCUUAUCAUUUCCAAUCCCCAGACUAGAUGAGGUCUCCCACAUUAGAGAAGAAGAGCCUUUGGUCCCAGAUAUCCGAGAACUUCAAGAGCCUCAAGAGCCGGAAAUCCUGAGUUUUACCUACACAGGAGAUAGGAGUGAAGAUGAGGAAGAGUUUCUUGAGCAAGAAGAUCUGAGUUUGGAGGAUCUACACAGGUCGGUUGUAGGAGAUCCAGAAAUCCACCAGACUCCAGAUUGGGAAAUAGUCUUUGAGGAUGAUCCAGGUAGACUUAAUGAAAGAAGAUUUGGUACAAAUAUUUCUCAAGUUAAUAGUUUAACGAAUCUUCGAGAAACCACGCCUAUCCACUCCCUGUUAGGGAGACAUCAUGACUGUCCAGUAUGCGGAAAAAGUUUUACGUGUAACUCCCACCUUGUUAGACACCUGAGAACUCACACAGGAGAGAAACCCUAUAAGUGUGUGGAGUGUGGAAAAAGUUAUACACGGAGCUCACAUCUUGCCAGGCACCAAAAGGUUCACAAAAUAGGCACUCCUUAUAAAUUUCCCCUAAAUCGGAAGAAUUUGAAUGACACCGCCCCUCUGGUCCAGGCUAAGAGAACUCCAUCUGUUGAGAAACCCUAUAGAUGUGACGAUUGUGGAAAACACUUCCGCUGGACUUCAGACCUUGUUAGGCAUCAGAGGACACAUACAGGAGAAAAACCCUUCUUUUGUACUAUUUGUGGCAAAAGCUUCAGUCAGAAAUCUGUGCUAACAACACACCAAAGAAUCCACCUGGGAGGCAAACCCUACUUGUGUGGAGAGUGUGGAGAGGACUUCAGUGACCACAGGCGGUACCUGGCACACCGGAAGACCCAUGCAGCUGAGGAGCUCUAUCUUUGUAGCGAAUGUGGGCGGUGCUUCAACCAUAGUGCUGCAUUUGCCAAGCACCUGAGAGGACAUGCGUCAGUGAGGCCCUGCCGAUGCAAUGAAUGUGGAAAAAGCUUCAGUCGGAGGGACCACCUUGUCAGGCAUCAAAGAACACACACUGGUGAGAAACCGUUCACGUGCCCUACCUGUGGAAAAAGCUUCAGCAGAGGCUAUCACUUAAUCAGGCAUCAGAGGACCCACUCAGAAAAGACCUCCUAGUUAGGUCCCCAUGUAAGAUCUGCAUUCAGCCCUGACCCAGAGAUGGGCUAGGAGAAGCCCUGUGGUCAACCUGGGGAGAUCUUUUCCUGGGAGUCUCCCUGACUUGCCCAGAUCAAUAUAACCUCUUCCCACAAUUAAGUAAAACCCCUAGGCAGCACCUCUCAACCUUCUUUUACUCCUUGAGGAGCUACUUUGCCCAAAGUACAACCUGAGUUGAGGCUUCUCCUUAACUGGAGUGCUCCUGCCUCUACCUCAUGGGUACAAAGUAGAAUUAGAAGACUUAAGAGGUUAUGGUUAUAAUAUUUUCCCCGGAAUAGGCUGUUAGAUAUCCAAAAGACUACUCAACAGCCUCAAGUUUAAAGUGGCCCAGGACAACCCCUGAGGUUUGGUAAGGGACCAGCCUGUAGGACCCUGUCCUUACUGGGCUCAACUCGUAAAGCACACAGCCCUGAACUCAAGGCCGGAGAUUUGCAUCCUGAUGGCUUUGCCACGUAUUCACAGGAUAACUGUACACAUCUUACCGAUUCACCUCCUCACCAUGCACUUGCCUUGAUACUGGGGAGAGGUGGGAUAAGUAUUUGAUGGGCGAAAACCUCAAGGCUGCCUCACACGAACUUUGUUGAAGCUCCCUUCCCCAUUGUCAAAGUGAAACCAGGAGCCAGACACUGUUAGAAAGGAGGACCUAGUCAGAAGCCUCUUUUCCUUGUGGGUUUUUUUUUCCGUUAGAAUACUCAUGCCAUUAGCCUUUCUACUAGUCUACCAGUCUCUUGGUUUUGUCCCUAGCACUUUUUCUACUACAAGUGGGGUGUAGCAUUUGGGUGCCAAGGGAUACUUAGUAAAGGAUAAUUAAAUCAUGGUGAAAUCAUUUACAUUCCCACAUAUGUACAAUCCCACCCUCUUCACAGGGUUUUGUGAGGGAAUUUUGGAAUAGUCAGCUUACAAAGGUAAUACCAUAAUUAUAGAAUUGUGAUUGACUGAGUCACCUCACUUACAUGAAGAAGACUGGAGAAGAUUUGACAUCAAAUUAUGGAAAAAUUAAGAAAAAGCUGUUGCUGCUGGCCAAGGCUAUCAAGACUAUUCUCCUGACACCCCACCUCCAUCCCUUCCCUAGUUCUCUGAUAACGGAAAAUUACGAACCCCAGCACCUGGGACCCUGAAGAAUUUACCAGGAGUAAAUGGCUUUCAUGCAUUUUCGUUGUUUGCUUUUUCUUAUGUGAUUUCAUUUUCAUGUAAUUAAGAACUAAAUAGUAGUCUCUCAUGGCCCAAGGAUCUCUGUUACCUGAUAUAGGUUCCAUGUAGAUGAGGCUGAAUAAUUACGAACCUCACCUGCUCUGAUUGUGGGAGAGUCAGGGACUAGGGAGACUGUCCUCCAUAAAUGGAGCACAGGGUAUGGGAUUAAAGCAUGAGAAGGGAGACUGUUCUGUGCCUGGUUUCUUAUGCUCUGUUUUUCAAUCCAUUGUGUAUUAGUGUACGCCAGAGGAAUAUGAACAGGAUAAUAAGGCUUUGACUCUUAACAACUUAACAAGGAAAUUCUUACUUCGGUCAAUAAUGAUAUUCCGAUUGAUUUGCUUUUAAUACUAGUCAGCCAUUGUCCUUUGGAAAUAUACACAUAUGAAAUAAAGGUAACAUGGGCAGCCAAGUUCCCUGGUU